AUGGUAUUUAUACGUUACGAUCAUCGAAAACUUCCAUUUGAGUCUAAAAAAAAGUGGAUAAAACACCAGCGUAUUGACAAUGUAACAAAUUCAGACAAAGCGCUAUUAAAUACAACUAAUCCCCGUCAUUCGGAAGAACUUUUUGAUGGCUAUUUAGGUGAAGAUGAAGAUAACAGUCAAUAUUCUUCAAACUUGUCGCUUCUUGAUGAUUCGGAAUAUCAUUCAAAAAGAAAAAAACUAAAAAACGAAGAAACUGUCAACAAUAUCGAAGAACUAACAGUUACUAAAAAAGAUCAUCAUUAUGAUCUCGGUUCAUUAGACAACAUUGUAAAAAAAAUUGAUGUAGAAAAAAAGAAACGUCAACAAGAACGAAUGGGAGACGAGUUUGUGGGAAUCAAAGCAAGAGUUGCAAAUAUUUUUGAUUCAUUUUGCCAAAACUGCUCUUACGAAAAUUUGACAGCUUCAAAACUAAAACUUUCACAAAACAAUAGUUUACAGACUGCAUUUGAAAAUCAGAUCACGGCAAUACUUGCUACCUAUUCGGAAUUAUGUAUUGAUCGCGAAGAUAUUUUAAGGGACGUGUUUUUUUCAUUCAAUGAAAACGAUUGCUCGAAACAAUUGCAAGAUUCAAUCUUUGAAAAUGUUGAAAACAUUUCUUCAGAGAUAUCAACAGCAAUUAAAGACACUAAUAACCGUUUGAAUAUUCUCCAAAAUCUUUUUAAGAGAUUCAUAGGAAUUACAAGUAAAACAAGUUUGCUUCAAACGACGCAAAAAAAUAAUCGGGAGUUGGAAUUAAAAAAAUUAACGAAAGAAAGAGCAGAUACUUGGAAGUAUGCUGCAGACGAGAUUGUUGGUGUUCUAAGGUCAGUGAGACAAGAGGGUCUUGUUGAUUUUCAACGUCUUGAAAAAGAGUUUUUAAAGCUGGUUCACGAGUUCAAUAACCAAAAAGAAAUAUUAGAAGAUACUUUAACGAGAUUUGAAAACCAAAAAACAACAAUACAAAAGCUGCAAAAGGAACAGGAAACAAAAAAAAUUGAGCGCACUCUUGUGCAAAAAGAAUUUGAUCAAUGUAAAGAAAAUCUUAAAAAUACAGAAACUAAGUAUGUAAAUCUAGAGACAAAGUGUACUAGCCUUGAAGUAGCACUCAAAGAAACUUUAUUAAAGUGCACCAAUCUUGAAGAAUCGCUUGCAAAAGCCAAUGAACUCUUAGAACAAGUAACAGUAGACACUUUUUGUAAUAAUAAAACAGACGAAAGUGAGUUGUUACGUCGCGCUAAUGAAAAACGGGAAAAUUGCGUUGAAACAGUAGAAAAAAAAGAAGAAAAUCAGUUCAAAUGUAAUAAGUGUGCACACUUACACAAUAAAAUUGAGUUAUUAAAUGCGGAAAUUAUUGCAAUGAAGAGCUUAAAAAGUAAUCAUUUACCCUAUCUCCAAAAGAACGAUAUACCUGGACAAGACACAAAUGAGAUACAUAUUCUUCAACCUAAUGAAGGUCAAAUUAUUUUAGAAAACAUUACAACAGCUUCUGUUAAUAUCUCUAAUAGCAACAUACCAUUAUAUCAAUCAACUGUAGAAAUUGUAUCAGCAUCAGUCCCGCACAAAAUAAAAGUUAUAGAUGUCUUUACACAAACAGAUUCAUUGUAUCCCACAUUUAAAAAUAACAGAGAAAACAAAAGAGUUAACAAAAAUAGCGAAGUUUAUAAAAAUACUAGUCAUCCUACAAACAGAGAAAGUAAUAAAAAUAGCAAAACUGAUAAAGAUGGCAAAAAAAAUACUGUUGGCAACGAGAAUAAUACUGAUGUUGACAAUUUAGUUAACAACAUGGAUGAACAAAUUGAAACGUCAGAUAAAUUAGUUAGCAACAUGGAUGAACACAUUGAGUUUUCAAAUAAAUUUUCCAAUGUACAAUCAAAAGUAUCUCUUUUAGAAAAAAUUAAAAAUUUGAUUAAAAAUAAUGAAGUUCCGAAUGGUAUGAAAUCUGUCAGUGACAUGAAACCUCCAGCUGACGUUUUAACUUCGAUUGAAAAGGCAUCUCCAAUUCUGCCGGUACCUUUAAUUGAAAACAAAUCUCAAGUUGACACAAAUUCAAAAACCAACAAUAAACUAACAAGCUCUAAAACAGAUAUUAAAGUGGUUCAUAACCCGUCAACUACGUCUGUGGUUCUUAAUCCGUCAACUACGUCUGAAUUGGUUAAAAAUAAUUCAAAUUUUAAAGAGAGUGAAACAAAUCAACCUGUUUUUGAGAAAGAACCAAUUCAAAGAAAAUGGACCGAAAGUGGAUUUUUUGAAGAUAACAACUUUGCAAAGGAAAAUAUGGAAACGCAAAAUACGGAAAGUCAUUCCCAAAAAAAUAAAUUCCAUUUGUUAAAUCAAAUAUUACGUUUCUUGAACGAGAUUACCAAAUCCAAACAUUUAAGUGAUAAAGUUAAAAUCUCUAUUGCUAAAGACAUAAGCGAUAAGGCGGUUAAAACAAAAGAACUAUAUUUUUUUGGGGAACAGAUUAAUGAUAUUCUUAGCGCACUAUCAAAUGAGUAUACACGUUCUCCGACACGUUCUCCGACUAAACUAGCCAAAAAACAAUCUGUUGUUAAAUUACCUGAAAUAAGAAAAAAUCAAAAUUAUGAGAGUUCAACAGUAACACAAUUGCCAUUUAUGAAAAAAGAAGAACCUCAAGUUGGGUUUUACCUUCCUGAAAUUCAGACGUCUAACCGCCAUUCGAAUCAGUUAAACGGGAUCACUCGACAUUUGACUUCAAAAGAAAAAAAUUAUACCAAAUAG